UCCAAGACCAAAGCUCCGGCUUCACUCAAAGCUAAUGUCGCCAGGUCGCCAACCAAAGCGCGACCAAAGCGCCAACCGUCAAAGUCCAUCGCCGAAGCAAAGCCCAAACGUGAGAACAACAAGUCUAUCUUCUCCUUUUUUACUCCCGCUGCACAACGUCACCAAGCCUCAUCUCAAGACUCGACAAGCCCACCAGCCUCCGCCGACCCUCUUCCGAAAGACGAGGACAUCGACGAUGACGUCUCACCCGACGAGGCUGCCCUGUCUCAACCUUCUCGGAUUGCUCAGACUCUACGCAAGCGCAAGCUGAUCCAGGAUGAUAUUGGAUUCAACAACGAAGACGACCCUCCAGUAGCUUCACAGAAGUUCCGUAAAGUCUCGGCUGUGGCUAGACUCCCCACGAAGGCCACGCCCGUCCAGACCGAUACAAGGCCAUGGACCGAACGCUUUGCCCCUGUCGACUUGUCUGAGCUCGCCGUACACAAGAGGAAAAUCACCGAUGUCCGCAGCAUUCUAGAAAGCGCCUUGUCUGAACGCGCCAGGCCGAGGUUGGUGCUUCUGAAAGGCGCUGCCGGCACGGGCAAGACAACCACUGUCAGUCUUUUGGCGAAAGAGAUGGACAUUGGCAUAAUGGAGUGGAAGAGUCCGGUUGGCACAGACUCUGCAAGCGCUGCCUUUACAUCGUAUUCGAGCCAAUUCGAAGAUUUUGUCUUUAGAAGUGGCAAGUUCGCUGGUCUCGACCUGGUCAGCAGUAAUGGCAUCUUCCAGCCGGCUCCUGCCACCAAAAAGGAACAUUCGAGACAGGUUAUGCUCGUCGAGGAGUUUCCCAACACCUUUGCCAAGGCUUCUCCGGCUCUACAGAUCUUCAGAACCACCAUCUUGCAAUACCUGGCUGCCCCCUCAUCGCUUAACCCUACUCCCAUGGUGAUGAUCAUUUCGGAAGCCUUGCUCUCGACCACUACCGCUUCAGCCGACAGCUUCACCGCUCAUCGUCUGCUAGGUCCUGCCAUUCUGAACCACCCCCAGACCGCUGUGGUCGAGUUCAACAACAUCGCUCCAACCAUCCUUACGAAAGCCUUGGACGCGAUUGUCGUCAAGGAGUCUCGGAAGUCAGGACGGCGUUUCGCUCCAGGUCCUGCUGUACUCAAGCACUUGGCUGAAACGGGCGACAUCCGAAGUGCUGUGUCUUCUCUCGAGUUCCUAUGUCUCGCUGGCGAUGAGAGCGGCGCAUGGUCAGCGAAGGUCACCUUCACAAAGUCCAAAGGUCGUACGGACGCUUCGAUGACCAAGAAGGAACACGAAGCAUUGAAAUUGAUAAGCAACCGAGAAAGCAGCCUCGGCAUCUUUCACGCUGUCGGCAGAGUGGUUUACAACAAGCGCAUCGAUCCUUCUAGUCCUAUUCCACAGCCUCCGACGUAUUUCCCUCAACAUCGAAAACCUAAGGUUCCUGAACACGAUCCUAAUUAUCUGAUUGACGAGGUAGGUACAGACACUUCAACAUUCGUUGGAGCAUUGCAGGAGAAUUAUGCCUUGUCUUGCUCAUCUUCGUCGACCGAGGAUGCUAUGGACUCACUCAACGGUUGUAUUGAUGCCUUGUCCGACUUUGACAUGCUGUCUUGUGACCGCUUUGGCUUCGGUACCCGAAUGUCGGCUGCUACUACUCAAGACAAUAUUCGACAAGAUGACAUGUCAUUCCAGACCGCAAUCCGUGGCAUAUUGUUUUCGUUACCGACUCCUGUCAACAGGCUAGCAGGACUGCCUCGCGGGGCUAAGCGCGGUGACGAGUUCAAGAUGUUCUUUCCUUCUGGCUCCAAGUUGUGGAAGGAAAGAGAACAAUUCGAAGGCACGUUGGAAAGCGUGAUAUCAAUCAUGCAUACGCUGGCUGUAGGCUCAGAUUCGGAAAACAUUACCGCAAACAAAGAAGGUGUAGCGGCAUGGAAGCGGCAGCAAGCAUUGGCCACAUCUGAAGAGAAUAGCCAGGAUGCUGUCGCAACAAGUACCCCACUCUCAAACACCCUUCUGAGCUCUGGUGCAAGGAUAGAACUGCUGCUCGAGCGUCUUCCUUACGCUGCACAAAUCCUGCCUCGCCGAGAAGAUAUUCCCUCUUUACUCAUCUCAGGCAUCAACACUUUGACCCAUAUCUCAGCCUUGAGCUCUGCGUCUACUACGCUUGACGAAGCGGCGUUGGAUGCUGUCGAGGAUGAUGAGGCUGAUCUGCAACAAUCAGAGUGGACCGAUCGUCCGGAUGCUGAGUCCGCUGUGACGAAGAGGGGCAAAGGGCGUCAGAAGCAGAAGGUCGAGUACGAGGGGGGCGGACUACAUAUACCGGUGGAGCAUGAGAUUGAAGGGCUUGUGCUCAGCGAUGAUGACAUCGAGGAC